AAGCCUCUACAGAAACCCACUCAUAGGAAGCAGAGAAGGGAAGGCGGCCACGGCAGCAACUACUCCCAGUCACGGCAGACUCCCACUCAGAUAACUUCUCCCCACAUUUCCCAAGAGAUCAUGGAUAGGGACAAAUGAGCUGAGCUGGAACUGCAUGCUUUGAUAUGCAAACCCGCAUCGGACUUACAAGGAAGAAAAGCCUCAUGCUUUCCUGAUGUGUUUUACAAUAGGGACCAGAUCUUGGAUCUGUGGAAUAUAAAGAUGCUGAACAGCAUUUUGUUGCUGAGUGUUAUGUCAGUGACUGCAAUCUUAAAGACAGAGAGUCGAAAAACUGCCAAAGAUAUAUGCAAGAUCCGCUGUCUGUGUGAGGAGAAGGAGAAUGUACUAAAUAUCAAUUGUGAAAAUAAAGGGUUCACCAGCGUCAGUUUGCUGCUGCCUCCCCAGUCAAGAAUCUAUCAGCUUUUCUUUAAUGGCAACUUACUGAGCCGGCUAUACCCAAAUGAGUUUGUCAAUUACUCGAAUGCAGUGACUCUACAUUUGGGCAACAAUGAGCUUCAGGAAAUCAGAACUGGUGCUUUUAAUGGGCUUAAGACACUGAAAAGAUUACAUCUCAAUAAUAAUAAAUUAGAAGUGUUAAGAGAGGAAACUUUCCAGGGCCUCGAGAGUCUUGAAUAUCUGCAAGCAGAUUACAAUUUCAUCAGUGUUAUUGAAGCUGGUGCUUUCAGCAAACUGAAUAAAUUAAAAGUCUUGAUUCUAAAUGACAAUCUCCUGUUAUCGCUCCCAAACAACGUCUUUCGCUUUGUACUUUUAACUCAUUUGGAUCUGAGGGGCAAUAGGCUCAAAAUGUUGCCCUUUGCUGGUGUCCUUGAGCACAUUGGAGGCAUCAUGGAGAUUCAACUGGAGGAGAACCCUUGGAAUUGUACCUGUGAUUUGAUUCCUCUUAAAGCAUGGCUAGAUACCAUCACUGUAUUUGUGGGAGAGAUUGUUUGCGAGACUCCUUUUAGACUGCAUGGAAAAGAUGUUACACAGCUUACAAGGCAAGAUUUGUGUCCUAGGAAAAGUGCAAGUGAUACAAAUCAGAGACCUGCACAUCCAGCAUUACCAGAUACUCGCAUACAACGAAUGCCUCCAACCUUUAACCCUGCAGUGAGCCCAACCAGAGCACCUAAGGCCAGUCGACCCCCCAAAACCCGGAACAGACCCACUCCUAGAGUCACAGUAUCCAAAGAUAGGCAGAUUUUUGGGCCUAUCAUGGUAUAUCAGACCAAAUCUCCAGUUCCUCAAAGCUGUCCAGAAAGUUGUCUUUGCACGUCUCAGACCUCUGAUAGUGGCUUAACUGUCAAUUGUCAAGAGAGGAAAAUCAGCAACAUUUCAGAUCUUCAACCUAAGCCCAGCAACCCAAGAAAGAUGUAUCUGACAGGUAACUAUCUACAAAUUGUUUAUAAGACUGAUCUUCUAGAAUUUUAUUCACUGGAUUUGUUACACUUAGGGAAUAACCGAAUAGCAGUCAUACAAGAAGGUGCCUUUUCUAACCUUACAAGCUUGCGCAGACUUUAUCUUAAUGGCAAUUACCUUGAAAUAUUAUAUUCAUCCAUGUUUGAAGGCUUGUACAGUUUGCAAUAUCUUUACUUAGAGUACAAUGUAAUAAAGGACAUUUUUCCACGUACAUUUGAUGCUCUGAGCAACUUACAGCUCUUAUUUCUGAACAACAAUUUACUGAGAUCAUUGCCUGAUAAUGUGUUUGGUGGUACUGCCCUCACUAGAUUAAAUCUGAGGAACAACCAUUUCUCAUAUCUGCCUGUAAAGGGAGUUCUUGAUCAGCUCACUGCCUUCAUACAGAUAGAUCUCCAGGAAAACCCUUGGGAUUGCACAUGUGAUAUUUUAGGUCUGAAAAACUGGAUUGAGCAGUCAAGCUCCACUGUGGUUGUUCAGGAAGUUACAUGUGAGUCACCACUUAAACAUGCCGGAGAGCAUCUGAGGAUUGUGUCUAAAGAGGCAAUAUGCCCAGAGAACCCACAUUUGGCUGAUGCAACUGUGUUAUCUUUCAAUCACAAAACCUACACCCCACAUCCUUCGGGUAUAUCACCGAGUCCUUAUCCAGAACUGCACACUGAGGUUCCUCUGUCAGUGCUCAUUUUGGGAUUACUAGUGGUUUUUAUUCUCUCCGUAUGCUUUGGGGCCGGCCUGUUUGUCUUUGUGUUAAAAAGACGAAAAGGGGUACAGAGUGUUCCAAGCAGCAGUGCAAACAAUCUAGAUAUCAAUUCUUUUCAACUGCAAUAUGGGUCAUACAACACUAAUUCCAAUGAUAAAACUGAGGCCCAUGUGUACAAUUACAUCCCGCCACCUGUGGGACAAAUGUGCCAGAAUCCAAUUUACAUGCAAAAAGAAGGAGACCCUGUUGCAUACUACAGAAACCUACAGGAGUUUAGUUACAGCAAACUGGACCACAAAAAAGAGGACCCAUCUGCAUACACAAUAAGCACAACUGAACUGCUGGAAAAGUCCUCUGCUACAGCAGAGCCAGAACUUUUGUACCAGAAUAUUUCAGAGAGGGUUAAGGAAUUGCCCAGUGGAGGGGUGGUUCAUUAUAACUUUUGCACCUUGCCUAAAAGGCAGCUCAUGCCUGCAUAUGAAUCAAGGCGCCAGAACCAGGACAGGAUAAAUAAAACUGUUUUAUAUGGCACCCCCAGAAAAUACUUUGCAGAACAAACUAAACAGGAGCAUCUUCUCCUUCAAGGAAAAAUGCAAUCUGAGCCAGAUUACCUUGAGGUUUUGGAAAAGCAAACUGCAAUAAGUCAGCUGUAGGCAACAUUUCUGAAGAAAGAGAAACAUUGCUUCGUGCUUGUUGUUUAUAUGGAAUGUCAGAAGCAAUUGUGCAUACACGGUAUGCCUUUUUUAAGCUACACAGGUACAGAUACAUUGUAUAACCAUUGGCUUUGGGGACAAUGUAUCCUUUUUUUUCUUUUUCUUUAAAUUAUUUCUACAUUAUACUUCUAGAAACACUUUCCUUUAAAUUAAUGUUUGUUUGAUUGUUUUUUUUAUCACUUUGACUUUUUCUUUUCUCUGUUUAUGUUUAAUACGAGAGCGGAUCUUCGAUCUAAUGUCCUAAACAAUAGCUAGAAGCUCUCUGAAGCUGAACUGAACUCCUUUUUCCUUAUGUAAAUAACCUGUUUCUGUUACAAAUCAAUUACCUACUGCAGCCACUGGGCGUCACUUUUUUGAGUUAAAGUGCCUUUGCACUUUAAGUAACCUAAAUGUUGCUUUUAGCUUUUAUACCAUGAAUAUAUUUUAAUGUGCAGUAUUUCAGAAAAGAAUAUAUAUUGUAUAUCCCAUAAAAGAUUAAGAACAAUCUCUUUUUGUAUUUUACAUGACAUUGAUAAAAAGGUGAAAAAAAAAAUGUCCAUAAUUUCUUGGACACUGAAAAGUCAUUUAAAAAAGGGUUUACUUAGAUUUGACAUCUCUCCCUUGUUAGGAUUUUCUUCAAGAUGUACAUUUCAAGUGUAGAGAUCUAGAAAUUUAGAAAUGCUUCCUUGAAAGGGAAUAUAUAUAUAUAUAUAUAUAUAUAUAUAUAUAUAUAUAUAUAUAUAUAUAUAGUUCUUGCUUACUUUCUCCAGCUCUACUGAUAAUGCUUAUUAAUUGUUUUAAGACUAUUUUCCUAAUUAAACAAGAGUUAAAUGAUAUGAAAUAAUAUUUGUGUAUUUCUGCUUGGAUGGCUUUUUUUUUUUUAUAAUAUACAACUUAUACAACAAGUGUUUGACUGGCGGUGGCAUUUUUUUAUUUUAUUUUUUAUUUUUUGAAUUUUCUAGACUGUGUUGUAGGUGGGAAUGCUUUAUAUAGCAAUCUGGAGAUGCUAUAGCAUUAAUUGCAGUUCAUGUAUAUUUUAGGCAAUUGAUUGCACAAUUAAAAUGAUCAAAGAGCGAUAUCUACAUCUUAACUAGUCAGUAAACAUUUCCUAUGCAGGCAUAAUUGUGGGAAUUAAACAAACACCCAUUAUUUAAAACAAAAACAGUUUUGUUUUUGUCUAUUGUAAAUCCUUAUGCAACUGGGAUGGUGAUCUGCAUAUAAAGUAGGCCAAGCUUUUCAAAUCUUUACUAAAGCAAUUGAUGGACUCUGAAAGAAGCACACUGUUUCCUUUUCAUAAAUAGGUUACUGCACAUAAUAAUCCGUUAUUAUCAUGCCGAGAUUGAAGUGGACACUGCUGACUGUUUUAGGAAUUUCUCAAAAUUCUAACAUAUUCUAAAUUAUUCUGUAAAUGUGCAUUUUGCUGUGUUUAAUUGCUGUCUCAUUCUAAUCACAGGAAGCCCUAAGAGCAGUGUAGGAAAGAUCUGUGCCCUCCUCAACAUACAUCUCACUCACCAAGCCUGCAGUCUGUUUCUAUAGAAAUUGUUAUUUAAAGCACAUUGGGAAUGCUUAAAACAGUCAUGGAGGUAGAUUAUAUAAUAUAAUGCAGCAUUCAGAUGUCCUUGCAUUGCUAUACACUUUCAUAUGUCAGAUUUGAAGAGCUUAUUUAAAAUAUGUCAUACCAGACUAUAUGUAUGGUCAAAGGAGAAUGGUGGUGGGAUAUUCACAUGUCAGGUUGUUAUUAGCUUAUCUUUCCGGGACUGAGCAGUGAGUACAUGAGACUGGGUUCACAUCAUACUUUAGUAGAAAGGGCCUUUUCUUUUUUUUUUGGGGGGGGGGAUGUUGGUUUACCAUUAAAACAGGGUCCAAAUAGAUAAAUAGAUCCUGUUUUAUUUUGUAAAAAUAAAAUAAAAAAGAAGUCAAUGGCAAUAGGUUGUAACAGGGUAGGUAUCCUUUGAUGCCUUUUUUUCAAAUUUUUAAUACAAAAAAAACAUCUUUCGACAGGAUGCAAACAGUGUGUGGACAGUGUCUAACAAGUUUCUGGUUUUAGUAUUUGCACUUAAAAUCAUA